AUGCCGCCACCACCAACACAAGGCCUAAUAUACGAUACAGAGGAUAUUUCCAUAGCGGUAUUUACAACUGCUACAAACUACCUUCGUACUCGGCUACCGUCUGAGCUUGCCAUACCAAAGGUAGCAAUCAUAUGUGGCUCAGGACUUGGACAAUUGGCUGAUACUAUUGAAAAUAAGGUGGAAUUUAAAUAUGAAGACAUACCAGGGUUUGUUUCCAGUACAGUACAGGGCCAUGCAGGCAAACUUGCUUUUGGAUUCCUUGGUGAUAAAAGAACACCAACGGUUUGCAUGGUCGGAAGGUUCCAUUUUUAUGAAGGGCAUACACUUAAACAAGUUACAUUACCUAUAAGAAUUUUUAAGAUGUUAG